AUGGGAAAUACAAGCACCCGCGAUAAAUCAGUGCCCUACCACGUCUCCCUCGCGAGGGAUAUAUCAGCCCUACUAUCCCACCUCUACCCGACAGACGCGUUCGAUGCCUUGUAUCUAUCGGGUGGAUCUUACGGCACGGUACCCGCGCAGAUGUUAUAUGGAGCGCCGUAUGAGCUAUUCCCAGCCGGACGCAAGAUUGUAGGGUGUCUUUUGUUGUCUGGCUUUUCGCCGGUGAAAUACCAUGCCGGUUAUGUGGGAACGCUUAGUUGGCAGAACUGGUUUUCUUUCGGCCCGCCUAUGCAGUUGAUUCCUUUCCAUUUGCUGCAGUGGUUCUUCCGGGGUAUUGUGGGCUCGAGUAUGAAGAGUCAAGACGGUGCGGAAGAAUUUCUGAGAAAAUGUAUUUUUGGUAAGAUGGAUAGUGCGGAAAGAAUCAAGUUUGAGGAGUGGCUUGGGAUAGAGGGGUUGAGUGAGGAUGUCUUUGUUGCGAAUAUGGCUGGGGAGGUUAUUAGGUGUAAUGGCAAUUGGGAUGGGUUUAUGGAGGUGGCGGAUGUGAUGCAUUCGGAUUGGGGGUUUGAGCCGAAGGAGCUUGAUGAGGAGCAUGCGGUGAAACCUGUGCUUGUUGUCGGGUCGAGUGUUGAUUAUAUUGGUGGGAGUUGUAAUGGAUUGUGGAGAAUUAUAGGUCUGCUAGGUUGA